AUGUCUCCUCGUGUUUCAUGCUCCUCCAUCGCUAUGUUGGCACUAGUUUUACAGAUUUUGAUCUUAGCCGACGCUCGGCCGCGAGCGUCCUUCGAUAACGAUCAUCCAUCCUGUUUAUGCACCGCAUUUCAAUCCUGCUGGCCAGAUCCCAGCGCCUGGAACACCUUCAACUCCUCCAUCGAUGGAAGGCUCAUCAAAGUCUUGCCUCCAGCGGCGCCCUGUCACGAGAGCCACUUCGAUGAGCAAGCUUGUCAAAUCGUGCGAGAGAAAUGGAGCUCACCAUUCUGGAGGUCGGAUCAGCCGGGAGCCAUGCAAGCCAGCAACUGGGAAGCCAGCGGCGACCAGAGCUGCCUCAUCUCCUCCCCUCGCAACUCGAGCUGCUCGCAGGGCUCCGUUCCAGUCUACGCCGUGAAUGUCUCCACUCUAUCUCACGUCCAAUCUGCGGUAAGGUUUGCAUCCGCCAAGAACAUCCGGCUAGUGAUCAAGAACACCGGGCACGACUUCUUUGGAAAGAGCACUGCGGCUGGAUCUCUCAGCAUCUGGACGCACCACAUGAAGAACAUGAGCUUCCACGACGACUUUGUCGCCAAGAGAUGCUCAGUGUCCCCGGUAUCGGCAGUGACGGUCGGAGCUGGAGUCCAGUGGGAGGAGCUCUACCAGGCGGUGUUCAAGCAAGGUAAAGUGAUCGUCGGGGCUGGGGGUGUUACUGUUGGAGCUGCCGGUGGAUAUCCACAGGCCGCUGGACACAGUCCAAUCUCUCCAGCCUUCGGCCUCGCAGCGGACAAUGUCUGGAGUAUGAAGUAG